AUUUAGUAGGCCGGCAGUCUUCAAUUCAGAGGUUAGAAGACGACAACUUAAGAUGGAGCCGAGACUUGAGGAUCAUAUCCCUUUGAUUUUGAAGAUGGAGCUCCGAGGAACCGUUUUGGUUGUGGAAACACACGUUAGUUCUUCCACUCCGGAACUGAUCGACUUUGAAGUCUGCCCUAAUCUUUCUCUGUUCACUUCUUUGAGGGCACUGAAAAUUUGGAAUGUGAAGCUCCAAAGCGCAGCCUUUCUGCUUGCACUUCCUUUUCUAUUCGAUCUGCACUGGAGUUAAGCAUAACUCAUAAGGUGAGCUUCAGGCUACUUCAGCUUUCACUAGAUAGAGAAGUGGACUUGGAUCAUGGAUGAUCAAGUUGGGUCUUCACAACACCAGCAGCUAGUAGAACACCAUUGCUUUGAUCAAGCGGCAGACGAUCUAUACAAGGAGCUAUGGAAGGCUUGUGCAGAUCCCUUGAUGUGUGUUCCUACUUGGGGACAGAGGGUGUUCUAUUUUCCAGGAGUUCACAUGGACCAACUGGAUAACUCAACCAAUCCAGAAGUAAUUGAUCAAGAACAAAUUUCCAAUCUUCCUCCAAAAGUCCUUUGCCGUGUGGUUAAUGUUAGGCUAUUGGCUAACCAAGAAACAGAUGAGGCGUACGCGCAAAUUGCUUUAAUCCCUGAACCAGAAACUGGAGUGAAUACUGUUGAUCCUUGCCUUCACGAGUCUCCAAGGUCUCAAUUUCACUCUUUCAGCAAGGUUUUAACUACGUCUGAUACUCAUAGUAAGAGUAACUGGGGUCUGUGUAUAAAUUGGAGAGAUGCCAUUAAUUGCUUUCCUCCCCUGGACACUACACAAGAGAAACCGAGCCAGAAGCUUAUAGCCAGGGAUAUUCAUGGUAUUGAUUGGUGUUUUCAGCAUGUAUUCAGAGGCCAGCCUCCAAGACAUUUGUUGCUUGCUAAAGGUUGGAAAGCAUUUGUUAAGAGUAAGGGGUUAGUUGCCAGGGAUUCAGUUGUCUUCAUAAGGGGAGAAAAUGGGCAAUUGCAUGUUGGGGUUAGACGUCUCGUUUACCAGCAAAGCGGUGUUGGAUUCUCAAGAACUUCUAGGCAAACCAAGCAAGCAUUGAGUGCAGUCAUAUUUCAAGCUAUUGCCACUCGAUCUCUUUUUAUAGUCCAUUAUGAGGCACGGACAAGUAAGUGCAUUAUAAGCUUGAACCAACAUUUACAAUCAGUUGCCAGUGGCAUAAAUCUCAGUGCGUACUAUGAGGGAGAGGGAUACCAACACAGAAGAAGCAACUGUUUAUAUUUUUUUCAAUUGCUCAAAAGUGAGGGGAAUGACGAACAAAUGGCAGAAGUAGAUGGGACAAUCUAUCCUCUUCCACAACCAACCAUAAUAUCUUCUGAGGAUGAUUGGGAAGGGUUCUAUGAUAUCCUUCAAUCCCCUGGCCCUAUGGAGUUGGACCAUGAAGGAGGUACUGGGGAGAUCGAUGAAAGAUUUAAUAAUUUGGGCAAUCAAGAUCUGUCUCCCAUCCUGCAGCGCCAUGGAGAAGAGUCUGGUAUGGGGGCUAUACCCAUUGCUAUCCAAGAAGGCUCCUUACAGGUUAUGCCUAUCUCAUCUAUCCCAAGCCAGAUUCCAUAUGGUGGCCCCGGUCGUGGGGAUGAGAAAAUCCCCUGGGAAGGGUACCUUGUAGCCCAGCGGUGUAUCCCAACACUUAAUAGGGUCAUAUCAAGGUACCCUGAUUCUUUAUUAGGCUUCAAGCCCUGGAGCAAUGCUGUCAAAACAACGUUUUUGGAGGUUUUGGCAGAGGUAGUUUACUUGCUUGAGCGUUUCACAGUAGAGAGCCUGGGAAGGUCCAGGGACGAGUUCAACAUGGCUAAGCAAUUCCUCUGGGACCUGAAGCACAGUGGGAUUGAUGUAAACUGGGUUGAAACUCGACUGGAGCAAAUUGAUGAAGCGCUGAAAAUGCAGAGUUUAAUGCAACAGCAGAAGGAACUGAUGCUUAAAUAUGAAGAGGCAUGUAGCGCACUGGGGAAAGUGGAGGAGGAGCUUGGAUCAGUGAAUAAACAACUACAAGAGUUGUCUUCCCACAAUCAUCCUGCUACAAACAAACCUAUUCUUGAGGGUUUACUAUAAUCUGCAUUUUUAGCCCUGCACCAUCUGAUUUAUUGUGGAUGCCCCUAAGAACUGCAGAUUUCACACAGUGGAAGCUCUUCUACUUUUAUUUAUAUCCCUUUAACAGAUUUUUCUAGUGCAAAUUUAAACAUUCUAUUUAGCCAAGAAUAGAUUGUGACUGGCCCACUCUGGGAUCAUUCAGCAUACUUGAUUAGGGAUUUAAGUGUACACCAUUCUCUCUUGAGAAUUUAAUGUAUACUAAAUGCAAAUAACCAUGUAUUCA